AUGUCGGAUUAUUCCAGUAUAAAUAUAGAAACAACCGACAGGUCACGGUGGAGACUCGAAGUGGAUCACGGAAAGCAGACUUGGCAUUAUUUGGAAAGUAAUGAUGAAAUAAAAAAUUGGCCUCAAACAGCAUGUGAUCGCUAUUGGUUAGGAUUAUCUAAUGAUAAAAUUAACGGUGGUCAUUCAAAACACUCACCACCGAAAACCGCACUUGAAGCCAUAUAUAAUGGAUAUAAAUUCUUUAAACAAUUGCAAACCGUGGAUGGUCAUUGGGCGGGAAAAUAUAGUGGCCCUAUAUUUUUAAUCUCUGGAUUUGUGUUUUCGACAUACAUUACUCGGCUAUCGAUUCCUCACGCUUGGAAAAUUGAAAUUAUCACAUAUUUAGUUAAUACUUGUAAUCCUGAAGAUGGCGGCUGGGGAAUACAUAUAGAAGACCAUUCUAAUUUGCUAGGAACAACUUUAAAUUAUGUUGCACUCAGAAUUCUGGGAAUGGAUCCCGAGCAUCCCGUACUGGUCAAAAGCAGAGCAUUCAUACAUAAACUUGGUGGUGCUGUAGCUAUUCCAUCUCUUGGAAAGUUUUGGUUAGCAAUGCUGAAUCUUUAUGAUUGGAAAGGAGUUAAUCCGGUCUUACCAGAAUUAUGGCUUCUUCCAUACAAGUCACCCCUUCAUCCAGCUCGCUUAUGGGGUCCAAUACGUGCUUCCCAUCUCUCGAUGAGUUAUCUUUAUGGGCGUAAAGUAACUGAAAGAAUAAAUCCGUUAAUCAAACAAUUACGAACUGAGCUAUUUGUUCAACCAUAUGAUAAAAUUAAUUGGUCUGCUGCAAAGAAAAAUGUUUGUGAGGCUGAUAUAUAUUUUCCGCGGUCUCCAGCUUUAGUUGUCACUAACAGUAUUAAUACCCGGCUCUUAAUCAUGGGAAUAUUAUACACAGUGCAAAACGAUAUUGACGGCCGUUUCCAAAGCUUAUUGGGUAUUCGUGAAAUCGCAUUAAGAAGGGUUUAUAAAUUAAUGAAACUUGAAGAAUUUGAUUCUAAUUAUAUUUCUACCUGUGCGAUUGAUAAAUUAUUUCGUUUGGUUUGUGCUUACCAUAAAGAGGGUCCAGAAUCUGAGAUGUUCUUAAAUAUGAAGGAUAAAAUCGCAAAUUAUAUAUGGAUGACUCCAAAUGGGAUGUUAAUGAAUUACACUGAUGGAUCUCAAAUUUGGGAUACUUCACUUGCAGUACAAGCAAUAAUAGAAUCAGGCUUAGCAAAUGAUUCAGAUAAUCACGAGUCGAUGAUUAAAGCACUUGAAUUUUUAGAUGAUUCACAAAUAAAAAAUAAUCCAACAUAUAUGAAACAAUGUUGGAGAGAACCUUCAAAAGGAUUAUGGUGUUUUAGUACAAGAGAACAAGGGUGGUCUGCCAAUGAUUGUACUGCUGAAGCUUUAAAAGCAGUAUUACUACUUCAGGGUAGAUUAGAUUACACGCAGCCAUUAAUUAAUCAAAAACGAAUUCAAUCUACAAUCGAUAUUUUAAUCAGAAGGCAACAUACCAAUGGUGGAUAUUCAUGUUUUGAAGGUAUUCGUGGUUACUGUUGGAUGGAAUUGAUAAAUCCUUCAGAACUUUUUGAAAAUACCUUUAUUGAACAUACUUACGUUGAAUGUACAAGUUCUGUUAUGACUGCUUUAAGAAUAUUUUCAAAAUUUGAUCUCGUAGAUCAUUAUGUUGAUGAUAUUGAAGAUGUUUGCGCAAAAGCUGCGAAAUAUAUUCAUAGUAUGCAACGUAAAGAUGGCAGUUGGCUUGGAUCUUGGGGGAUUUGUUUCACAUAUGGUACAAUGUUUGCAAUUCAAGGAUUAUCGAGUGUUGGAGAAAAUUAUGAGAAUAGCGAAUAUGUAAAAAAAGCAUGCAACUUUUUGAUUUCUAAACAACGUGAAGACGGUGGAUGGGGAGAAGAUUACAAGUCUGCAUCUGGAGUAGGACAAUAUAUACAACAUUCAAAUUCGCAAGUAGUUAAUACAGCUUGGGCAUUGCUUGGGCUAAUGUAUGCAGAAUACCCACUUAGUGAACCUAUUAUAAAUGGAAUUGAGUCAAAACAACUUCCAACAGGAGAGUGGAAAAAAGAAUCUUUUAAAAGUAUGAUUGGCAAAAAUUGUCCAAUAAAUCACUCAAAUUAUGAAUUUAUUUAUAGUAUUUGGGCAUUAGGAAUGUAUUCUAAUUUAUAUGAAAGUGAUGAAGAUUACCGUUACGGUGUUUGGGAGAUAAUUACUGGAUAA